CUGGGACUUUCACUAUUUUAUAAACAAAACUUUUCUUCUCGUGGGGUGUGAUCACCACUACCAUCGCUCUCUCAAAUUCUUUUAUACUUCUUCAGCCACCAAAAUUUAUUCCUUGAUCAAUCAAGUGUCUAAUAAAAAAUUAACAAUACCCACCUUUUGUUCUCAUUUAAAAAGUUUUGAUCUUUCUCUGUGUUCUCCUUGCUUGAAACAAGAAACAGUGUCUUUUUUUGGUUUCUGGAGGACCCUUUUGUGUUUAUUGGAUUUUUUUGAGUAUGAAUAAUAGGAGGAGACACAGGGGUGAAAUUUAUCAACAUCAAGAAGUUCAAAGAACGACAAGAUCACGUUCUAGAAAACCUCCUCAUCAUGGUAGUUGGCAGCCAACUGUACCUUCAUGGGAAAAGAGAUUCUGCUAUUCAGUUGGUUCAAUUCCAUGGAGAAAGCUCCUGGAAACCAAAAAACUUAUGUAUCUAUAUGAGAAUGUAGUUAAGUGGAAUGACUCUGCUGGUGAAGAGGCAUUUCACAAUGCUAAAAACCGAUUUUGGGCUGAGAUUAAUGGCCUACCUUGCAACAUAUCAUUACCUGAUCCUGAUAUUUAUAUUGAUGAAAUUGAUUGGAACUCCAGUGUUGACCCCGAAUUGCUUUUAGACUUGGAGCGGGAACCGAAAGAUCAUGAUGAGAUUACCAAAGGAGAGGAGGUUGUCAUUAUUGGCAGUUCUCUCCUCUUGAAUCAGUCAUUUUCGUGUGCUGGAUGGGGAGGAGCUGAGGAGGAAUUUCAAAAGGUUCCUGAUUCGGCACUGGAUCCUGGACAUUGGGAUUUCAACCAUAAGGUCACUAGUGAUGAAAAUCCCUGGGGAAGGAAUGUUACUCAUCCUAAUGAAGCCAUGAACGAUGAUGGAUGGGAUUGUUGGAAUGAUUCGUUCGGUUGGGGCAACAAUGAGUGGGAUGUUAACAAUGACGGGAAGAAUGUUAAUGAUGGAACUGGUGGUGACUGGGGAACAUUGGAUGGGUAUAACCAAAGUAGGGAAGGUACUGGUUGGCAAAUGUCAAGUUAUAAAAACCUCCAGGUUUCAUGGUGAUGAAUAUCCAAUAGAUCGCGGAUUGUGGAGGCAUGGAAGAGGGAGGAGGAGGGUAAAUUUGGUUUAUUGACAGCUGCUUCUGGAAGAGACCAUGUUCAAGACAGUGGAACUCCAAGAAUCCUUGUGGAUUACCUGCCUGAAAGCAGGGAUUUGAUUGAAGUAUAUAGUACAAACAACUUACGUGGUUUGUGCCCCUAUUGUUUUAUUUGUUGUGUGUCGAAGCAUAUACUACUAGUAGUAAAUAUAAUAGGAUGACACCAACCUGACAAAUGCACUGUCAUGUUGGAUUUUAAGCUGCAGUUUUGUAGUUUGCUUCAAGAAGCAUGAGGCAUAAUAUGCUGUGAGACUUUUUCUUGUUAUGAUAUCAAGUAGAUGUAUUUCUAUGCAUGUAAUGAGGAUUCUAAUCCCAAUUCAAGGGUCAGAAUCAGGAUGAUGAUUCUAUUGA